AUGACGACGAGCAACGACGGAGCAGCGCCUAACGGCGUCAUCGUAGAACACACGUCAGCGAGUAACAAAGGAACUCUUAACGCCGUGAAGAAACCUCCGGCUAAGGAUCGGCAUAGCAAAGUCGACGGGAGAGGGAGACGGAUUCGUAUGCCGAUCAUAUGCGCGGCUCGUGUUUUUCAGCUUACUAGAGAGUUAGGUCACAAAUCAGAUGGUCAGACGAUAGAGUGGCUCUUACGUCAAGCAGAGCCUUCUAUCAUAGCCGCCACGGGAACAGGCACGACUCCGGCGAGUUUCUCCACCUCUUCUGUCUCCACUUCUUCCCCUUUCACACUCGGGAAGCGAGGCGUGAGAGGGGGAGAGGGAGAAGUAGGAGGAGGAGGAGGGUUAACAGUUGGACCCACGAUGGGGGCUUCUUUAAUGAAUGGUGGUGGGUUUUGGGCUGUUCCGGCUAGGCCGGAUUUCGGACAAGUAUGGAGCUUUUCCGGAGCUCCGUCAGAGAUGUUGUUUGCACAGCAGCAGCAGCAGCAACCAGCUACUUUAUUCAUCCGCCACCAGCAACAACAACAACAACAACAACAAGCUUCAGCUGCAAUGGGUGAGGCUUCAGCAGCUAGAGUUGGGAACUAUCUUCCGGGUCAUCAUCUUAAUUUGCUGGCUUCUUUAUCCGGUGGGAAUACCGGGUCGGGUCGGCGGGAACAGGAUGAUGACACACGUUGAAAAAGGGUUGAAAAAUUGUGUACGUGCAUUAUGUCUUCUAAUUAAAAUGGUUAAAGAGUACUUAAUUAAUUUGUUGCUCGGAUUUUAGUUACAAGUUUCUUGCUUGUUUGAUUAGGGUUUUAGGUUUUAAUAAUAUUUGGUCUCAGGAUUUCUAAGUGGUAGAGAGAGUGAGAGGCAGUGAGGUCAAUUGAUUGAUAGUAAAAACACCAUAAAGAAUUAAUAGCAAAAAAGAAGAGCUAUUUGUACGUGUUGUGCAUGAUUUAUUUUAUGGUUCUCGACAGUGGAGUUGAGCCCACUGGAACUAUUGAAUUGUAUAUCAAUCUCUUGUGAGGUCAAAGGAUUGUGAUUUUGAAUGCUUCUCGUGACUUGUAUAUGAAUGAGAGAAUUGAAGAUAAGAAAACAGAAAGGUGUAUAUUAAUCUCUUGUGAACUCGACCUUUUUAUUUAUUAUUCGAUAUACUUUGUGCUUGCUCUCUUUUUGGUAAAACUCUUCUCUUGUAUGUUUGUAUAAGCUUGGUGAUGAAACUGGAAAUGAUUAUCGGAC